AUGACAGCGAGCUGGGCGUCGGGCGGCGGCGGCGGCGGCGAGAAGAGCGGUGGCGACCGCAAGUUAGGUCGAACCCUGGGUCCUGGAAGCAGGUGGGGCGGAUUCAGUGGCACAGGAGGCAGUAGCGGCGGAUCGAGUGGAACAUGGGAUGGGGGUUUCGUGGGCGGCGGCGGGCCGGGAGAACCCACGGCUAGGGUUUCUUCAGUGCUACACUUUGGUGGCAAAAAGGAUGAUAUCACUUCUGAGUAUGUUGAAUGGGUUGAUGGGGAGUGGGAUAGCAAAGCAAAGUCAGUCAUUAAGUAUCUUGCCAUGAAGAACAAGAAACUGGAGACUAAGAUUACAGAAUAUGAAGCUGAAAUUAAAAGGAAUGAGAAAGAAAAGAGGGAAAUGGUUAAGAUGCACAAGGAAAUAUUUCUCUAUAGGGAUAGGAUUUUAGGAUUUGGAGGUCUUCUGUAUCUUGGCCUGCUUGCCAUUAUGAUUGCUGUCAUAGUUAGCAAGUAG